CUCAGUCCCAACGGGAACGGGACCAGGAACGGGAACGGGACUAGAGGGGAGUCGGAGCCGAGUCCGGCUCGGGCUGAGCUGGAGUCACUUCCAAAGCUCGGGAAAACCCCUGCAAAGCGGGGGAAACACCCCUCAAAGCAGCAGCAAACACUCCUCAAAGCAGGAGCAAACACCCCUCAGGAGCAAACACCCUCAAAGCAGGAACACCCCUCACAGCGGGAGCAAACGCCCCUCACAGCGGGAGCAAACGCCCCCAGAGCGGGGACACGCGUGAGGGAGCGGGAGCGGCGCCGUGUGGGGAGCGGCGGGGCCAUGGGGUCACCCUUGGGGACACCUGGGCUUGGGACACCUCGUCAGCCCUUACAGACACCGGGCUGGCCGUGCUGAGAGUGGGGGAGAGUGGCUGUGGUUUGGGGACCCUUCAGUGGCGCUCUGAGGGAGGAUCAGCAGCAGGGAGGGCGCCAGGGAAUGCCCCCGCCGAACGCGGGCCGGUGCCCACAGGAGCGGCACACGGAUCCCCAGCCCGCGGUGGCCAUGCCCGUCCCCGGGAAGGUGCAGGAGCCGUGUGCGAGCCAGGCUGUCGGGAGAGCAAACAAAGCCAAGGAGAAGGACAUUCCCUCAGGUCAGGUCGGGGCGGGCGGUCCGUGAGCCCAGCGCCGGGGCUCGGCCUUUCCUGUGGUGCCGUUGCCGCCUACAGAGGAGCGGCCUGGUGCUUUGAGGGGCUCGGCAAACCCGCAGGUGUAUCUCGAGCGUGUCCAGAGUGGUUGCCUGCUGAUGCUGGUGUUGGAUUUUUGGAUUUUUGGUGGGGAUGUGCAUCACUGAGCACAGCAUAGCUGGUUUUGUUGGGAAGUGUGGAGGCUUGAGCAGAAUCCAGCAGCUCCAUGAGCUUGUCCCGUGUGAGAUGGGUCAUUCUUGGCUCUGUGUGGUAAACGGAGCUUGGUACGGUGAAGCUGCACCUGGAGGUGUGGUCCUGGCUUUGCAGCUCCUUAAAGCCUCUCUGGAGCAAACCUAGACCACUGCCAGGUGGGAUGCUGGCACAACACAUCCCUCUACAACAAAUCCAACUGUCCACAGCCCUGGAUGUCCUGGCGUGAGAGGCAGAAAGGGAAAACCUCCCAGGUGUCAGCGAAGAACAUGUGGGUGUGGGGCUAGUGAGCCCAGCCCUGGACUCGGGUGACUCGGAAGUAUGUGAAACGCCUUUGAUUUUAGCUGUGUAAUUACACGGGCUGGAAAAGCCUUGGGAAGGAGGAAUGUUUGGCCACCGGUGCCCCGGAGAGAGCUGAGUGCCAGUGCCUGGCGCCGUGGCGGUGCUGUAGGAGAUGCCAGAGGGCCGGGGCUGGGCAGGGCUGUCUGGAGCCUGGGAGGAGGGAUCCCUCCAGCAGCCCAGCUAUGUGUCUGCCUCCCCCAGCUUUUCUCAUUCCGGGUGUAUUUCACAGGCAGAAACUGAUGUCAGGGCUCUGUAAAGCAGCUAAAUAUCCUGUGUGAGCGGUGCAGGUGGCUUGGAGCGAUGCAAACCCCAGCAAAGCUCCCUCCGUAUGGAAAUACCUGUGCCCACCUUGCGGAACACGGCUGCCCUGAGCCUGGCUGCCCUGUGUCGCUUGGCUGCUCCCUGUCCCCAGGCUGGCUGUGCCCUCCAGCGUGCCUGCUCACUCCCUUCCUCCCCUGGGAGCUCCUUGACUGUGUCCACUGUGGGUUUUCUUCGGUUGGAGAAGCACGGGGAGAGGUGAUGCCGUGCUGGGGAAAAACACAUUGCUGGACAUCCAGGCAGAGGAUGAGGACGGUGGUGCUGGUGAGGCUGAUGGCAGCCAGUGAGAAGUGACAGGUUGGUGGCUUGCAGGAAGGGGGGAUAAUCAUCCAGGGGUUCCAGAGGUGCUUAAAGCACUCCAGAGGGGCUGGGAGGAAGCAGGAAUGCUGCUUCCCCUUUGGAGGACGUCAGAAGGGCAGGUGGGUAAUGCCUGCCCAUGCUGGAAGGCUCUGGGUGUGUUUGUCUGGGUGUUAUCUGGGGAGAGGUCCCACAACAAAAACCAGGGGGAGGCCGUGGAGGAAUGGCUUUAUCUCAGCUGAAACAGCAGAUUAGAAUUUAAAAAAGAAAAAUAAAAUUCCAAACUCAGGGAUGCAGAGUGGCGUCCAAAGGAAAGCAGGAAGGAGUGCUGGGAUUUUCCCAGGCCUAGGUGCACAAGGAAUUCAGCUCCCUGGAGAGAGGGGAGCAGCCCUGUUGCCUGGAAAAUAGAACAGAUCUUCCCAACAACAUCAGAGUGGAUGCUAAAGCAAACUUUUACUUUCAGGUACACAAUAUGGCAAAAAUCACACGUGGUAUAGUAAUUCUACAAUUUUUAUAAGGUUAGUCGAUUAGUAUACUUAUCAUAUACUCUCCAAUUAAAAGGUUAGUUGGUUAGCUAAUAAUUCCAGGGUCCUGCCACACUGGAAGCAGUCCAGAGGCUUUUUUUUUGCUCCACUUUUGUUUUGUCUGGUCCAGAUUCUGUUUGGAAAACAGGACAUCCUUGUAGUCGAUUCUCUCCUUGGAAUAAGACUAAACAGUAUUUUGGGAAAGGGUAUCUAAGGUUAGCUCAUUGUUCCUAAAUGUAGAGAGGAAAGAUAGGAGAAGUACUGGGAGUUUCAGCUGUGCAUUAACAACCUACAAAGCUACAAGUGGUCGAAGUAUAUGGAAAAUAUUAAAUACAUGAAAAAUAUGAAAGAUAUUAAAAGCUAAAAACCUCAGGCAUCACCCCAAGCCCCCCUGCCUGGUUUAGCAGGGCUGGCAGCAUUAGUGUGGCAGUAGUUCCCAGAGGCUGGAGCAGGGAGAGCCCCAGGACAGUGUUUGCACAGCAACCAGGACCCAGCCAGGGCUCUCUGACCUGCCCAGAGCGGUGCCAGCGUGGCCUGGCUGCCCACGGCAGCAUUGUCCCCAGAACAAAUGGCAAUGUCCUGAAACACAGACGUGCAAGGACUCCCUGUCCCUGCCCCUGUCCCUGUGCACUGCCACUGGAUGGAAAUAAUGGAAUUAUGGGCAGCAGCAGUGUGGAGGGAGGUUUCCUGUAUCUCAGUGCCAAAGGCCGAGGUGGUGGCUGCUGCACAGCCCUGACUGCAGCUCUGCAGUUUGGCUACCGUGCCCUGGGUGAUCUGUGCCACCUCAGAAACCCCUGGCAGCUGUGCCCACAAUUCCCAGAGAGGUGCACAUGGCUUGGGAAUGGCCGGGCACAGCUUUGGGGAAAUGGGGGUUUGUGGGUCGCUGUUGUUCUGCUGUGGAGGCCACGGCCAGCUGGGUGGAUUGCAGCACUCUGAGCCUGGCAAUGGGCUUUGCCCUUGUUCUGCAGGAAGUGCCAGAGCUGGGGGCCCUGGGCUCCCUCUGCAGUGGGAGAGCCUUGGGCAAGGUUUGAGGAAAACAUCACUGUUCCCUACAAGGGGUUGUUAAAAAUUAAAUUUAAGAAAGAGGGUAAAAUAACUGUUAAGUGUCUGUAGGGAAUGCUGUGGGCAAUGGAGAUGUGGAUGUGUUCUUUUGUGCUCCAGGCAGGACGUGUAAGCAAAAUGUGGAAAAGCCCUGAUAGUCUGUGUGGGGCUGUCCCUGCAGAUCCCUAUUCCCUGGUGAGAUGCUCUGAAAUGGGCUGGGAUUCAUCCAAAAGAUCAGAAAUUGGCUAAAUCAGCAGCAGUGCUUCUUUGUGUGACUCAGCUGGGUUUCUCUGGCCAUUCCCUGCAUCCCUGGGCUGCAGCUGGCCAGAAACACCCCUGCUCCUGAGGCAGGGGGAACAGGGGAGCAAGGAGGGACAAAAAGAGAGAAACCAUGGCAGGGAACUGGAAGCAGAUGGUCUUUAAGAUCCCUUCCAAACCCAAACAUUCUGGGACUCUGUGGAAAUACCUCCCAAGUCCUGACCUGCUGCUUUUUAGAGCCCCAUAUGGAGUUUUGUGUCCCUGGUGGGUUGAGCCCCUGUGUCACACACGAGGCUGUGGCCAUUGCAGGAAAAGCUCCUGGGGAUGUGCCUGGCCAGCAAUUAGCAGGGAAGGAGGUUAAUGAGCAGGCUCUCUGGGUGCAAGCAUGAAGAUGAAGGGAGAGCCUUGUAAUUAAUCUAACAGAGAGGAGACUGGAAUCUUUGGAUGGUUGGAGAACGGGUUCAUUUCCCCCCAGAAUUUUCCAGAACGUGAGUUGUGUGACUGGCGGUGCAGUCACAGCCUGGUUUUUGGAGGCAGCUCUGAGGGGCUGUGUCUCUCUCGGGGGUGAGGAAGCCCUGGAGCUCAUCCCGUGUCUGGUGAGCGCAUCGGGGCUCGCCCUGUGCCCUGGGCUGCAGCCUCCCUGCCGGGAUCCCGUGACAAAGGUGCUGCUGCUGGAGCGUGAGUGGGACGGUGAUGUCAUGGCAGGGAAAGAUCCAAAGGUUGCGGAGGGCAGAGGAGCGUGGGCGCUGUCGGGGCAGCAGGGGGUGUCGGGCUUCCUCCUGAGGCACCCGCGGGGCCGCAGCUCCUCCCGGGACACCGGGGUGGGGAAUGGAUCCGGGCUGAGCCGGCCGGGGGUCUGUGUCCCGCCGAGGGAAGCUGUUCCUGCUGCUGCUCCGCCUGGCAGCCCUGCCAAAGCCUUGGGGGCGUGUGGUGCUGAGAACGGGCUUCUCCCGAACCUCCCCGUGCCCGGUUAACACGGGGAGAUGUCGCAAGAGCAUCCCGGAAGGCUCCGGAGCUGCAGGAGUGGGGCAGAGGUGCGGGAAGCCCGGAGGAGGUGUGGGUGCCUGCAGGAGUUUAAUGGUUUGGAGAUCCUGGUGUAAAUCAUUGCCAGGGCAGGGAACAGGAGGGGUCUGGUUUGCAGGGAAAGGGAAGGGGGGUCUAGGGGCUGAGAAACUCAGGCAUCACUCCUCGCCCACCUGAUGUGGGCACAAACUUUUUACAGGGCCUGCUGUGAAAGGACAAGGGGAGAUGGUUUUGAAGUCAGAGGGAUAAUUUGGACUGGAUAUUUAGGAAGAAAUUCUUGCCUGUGACCUGGCACAGGGUGCCCAGAGAAGCUGUGGCUGCCCCAUCCAUAGGAGUGUUCAAGGCCAGGUUGGAUGGAGCUUGGAGCAGUCUGGGAUAGUGGAAGCUGUCCUUGCCCAUGGCAGGGGGUGGGAUAAAUUGAGCUUUAAGGUCCCUCCACCCCAAACCAUUCUGUGGUGCUGGGAUGAGGUUCCAGGCAGUGCUGGAGCUGAGCAGAGGCAGCAGCAGCUCCUUGCCGGGAUCCUGACGUCAGGGCACUGCUGGAGCAGAGAUAGGAACAGCUCUGGGAAGCAGGAGAGCAGCUAAUUCAAUGGAGAAACAGACUGGAAUAGCAAGUCUCCUCUUUAAUCUGAUUGCUGGCCUGAUGGGUAGCACUGCAAUGGAUCUGUAAAAAACUUCAGGCACAGGGGUGACGUAGGAGCUGAAAUCCUGCCCAUUUCCAGGGCUGGGGUGCCUGAGGGGAGGCACAGAGGGGUGAGCAGAGAUUUGGAUCCCAUGGGUGGAUGUGACCAGCCCUGUGUGUGCUCUGUGCCCACCCUGGGUGCAGUGCAAAUCUCCUGCCCCGAGGCCAUCGCAGCUGUUCUCAAGUGAAGUCUUGGCUGGCUGAUGUGUUUGUGGCAAGGAUGGGAGCUCAGCUGGAUCAUCAGGUGAGAGAAAACCCCACAGGGCUCAAGCAGAGAGCAAAACCUUUGUGUGGGAGGGCAGAGGGCAGUGCUGGUUCCACCAGUGGCAGGCUUGGAAGUGUUUGGUUGGGAGGAUGGCUCUGGGGAUGCAGGUGAGCACAUUGUGGGUGCUUUCCACAUCCUCAGCAGCUGCUCACUGGGAUGGAAUUAAAGCUGGGCUCAGUGGGUUCCUUCCCCCAGGAGCACAGGGAACAGGAACCUGUGCUGGAGCUGGCAAGGCAGGGAAUGAUGGGCUUGUCCCUGCCUGCCUGUGGCAGCUCCCACUGCGCUGGGAUCAGCAGCUCCUGGGUGCCCCAGAACCCCAAAAAACCACGGGGAACAACACCUUACCCUGCCCAGAGCCCUGUGGGGCCAGGGCUGUGUGCAGAGGGGCUGGGACACCCCCUGGAGUGUCCCCGGGUGCUGGGGCACAGGCAGUGCAGGGAGGUUCCUCUGCAGGUUCCUCCUCCCCAGGCUGGCGUGCGAGUCUUUUCCUGCUGCACUCCCUUGUGUUCUGUUCUAUCCUGGCCCUUGACCCUGCAAACUGGGCGUGCACUCAAGCUAAACAAGCAAACAUGGAACUUCUGAGCUCGGGAGGGUUGAGCUGAAGGGUGUGAGGGGGUGUGUGGAUGUAGCACCACUGACAGCACAGAGCACAGCCCCUCCAGCCCAACCUGGCAUAAAGAGCCCAGGAGGGGAAGGAGAGAUCCCUGACACAUCCACAAACCUGCAGGGCUCACUGGGCUGGAGAUGGGGCAGCUCUGCUGUGAGGAUGCAAGCUGCCCACCCAUGGGUCACUGGACCAGAGGCCAGGGAGGCAAGCAGGCAGGAAAUGUGGCUCUGUGUGUUUAUUUUUGGAGAUCGAGCACAUUUGUGACUGGUGACUUGGAGAACAGUCAGAGGGGGGGUUCCCACCCGUGGCCUGGCUGGUUGGGAGUGUUCUGCUCGACAUCCCUGAGGGAUGCAGCUGGGGGUGCUGCUCCAGGGAGGGUGAGAGCCAGCCUGGAGGGAGCCUGGGCCUACCAAGGGCUCUCCAUCCCAGCAGCAGCCAGGGGAAGCCACGGGGUCAAGCUGGAUGGGAGGGAGGCAGUUUUGGUUUCUGUUCUCUGGGCAGGCAGCCAGCGCUGUGAGGAGCCCUGCUCCCUCCAAACAGGGGGAGAGGAGAAGCUGCUCAGCUAGAGGGGUGUUUCUGAGCAUUUCCAGGCUGGUUUGUAUUGACAACAGCUCUUGAAAUCGAUUUCCAUGGCCUUCUUUUGGUGCUGUGAAGCUGUCAGUUAUCACACUCCUAAGGACAGGCAACCUAAGCCCUUAGCAAACAUCAGUGAUUGGAUUGCUUUCAAAGGUUGGUGGAUAUUACAGCUGAGAAAGUAGUAAAGGAUGGGGAUGAGGAAGGAUCCAGGAAGGAUCUACCCUGCUUCUAUCCUGCCAUGAACUCCUCAGCUUGAGGAGAGAUGAUUGAGAUUUGUGAGAUGCUCAGGUUCAGGGAGUGGUGCUUGGGGUGGUUUGUGGUUUGUUAGAUGGGGGUUUAUCAAUACCAAUGACAGCAGUUUAGAUGGGAUGAUUAAGGAGAAGGUAAAUCAUGAAGUGAGCAUGAUAAAAAACCAGGGGCUGGGUUUAGUUGAGGCACACCAUUAAGGAGGGGGAGAGGCCUCUUUCUUUAGCUCAGAAGGCAAAUGCUGGUGUGCCCGUGUUCACAGGGGUGCAAGGAAGAGGGAAGGGACGAGGAUCUGACUCCAUGUUUCAGAAGGCUGAUUUAUUAUUUUAUGAUAUAUAUUAUAUUAAAACUAUACUAAAAGAAUAGAAGAAAAUAUUUCAUCAGAAGGUUAGCUAAGAAUAGAAAAAGAAAGAAUGAAUAACAAAGGCUUGUGUCUCGCACAGAAAGUCUGAGCCAGCUCACUGGGAUUGGCCAUUAAUUAGAAACAUCCAACAUGGGCCAGUCACAGAUGCACCUGUUGCAUUCCACAGCAGCAGAUAAUCAGUGUUUACAUUUUGUUCCUGAGGCCUCUCAGCUUCUCAGGAGGAAAAAUCCUAAGGAAAGGCUUUUUCAUAAAAGAUGUCUGUGACAUGCUGGCUCAUAGCUCCUUAAUGCUUAGGAUGAUACUAGAGGGGAUCAGCUUGAGAUUCCAGUGAAUAAACUGGUGCUGUGGUGGCUGCAGAGCCUUUGCUGUGUGUGGAGGAGUUUUGGACUGAGGUGAUGUGGGAUGGGAGAGCGCCUUGUUGUGUCAUGAUGAGCAUGUAUGGGGUGUGUGAGGCAGUGAGAAGGACUGUGGGUCCCGUUGGGAUAAUCGUGAAGGCAGAUCAGCUGAAAAGUGCCAUUGCAAUAGCGAGUUCUGCCAUGAGGGCUGUUGGUGCUGGAGUGGUGAUGGACUCACACCCUGUUUUGGUUUCUCCCCGUGUCCCCAGAGCUCUGAUGCCAGCAGGGCCGCAGCCGCCGUGCCCCGAGCCAUGCGGUGACAGCGCCGAGGGCGCAGCGCCCCGCAGCCAUGGCCCAGUCCCGGGCCAACGGCUCCCACUACGCCCUGACGGCCAUCGGGCUGGGCAUGCUGGUGCUGGGCAUCAUCAUGGCCGUGUGGAACCUGGUGCCCGGCUUCGGGCCCCCCGACAAACCCGGCGGCAACAGCAGCAAACCCGAGCGCGGCUCCGGCGGCGUCCUCAGGAGCAAAACCUUCUCGGUGGCCUACGUGCUGGUGGGCGCGGGGCUGCUGCUGCUGCUGCUCUCGCUGUGCCUCAGCGUGCGCGACAGGAAGCGCCAGAGCCAGGAGCUCCCCAUCGGCCACGUGCAGCGCCAGGCGUCCACGGAGCCCUCGCAGCAGGAGGACAGCCAAGAAGAGGAUGAAGACGUCUCCUCGCAAUACUACGUGCCCAGCUACGAGGAGGUGAUGAACACGGGCUACUCGGAGCGCAGAGACUCGGACAGGAGCGCCAGGCUCAGCGUGUCCCUGCCCUCGUACGAGUCGCUGGCGGGGCUGGAGGAGGGCGGGGCGGCGCCGGGUGCGGCGGGCGCGGAGCCCGGCCCGGAGCGGCCGCCCAGCCGCCACAGCUCCCGCCUCAGCAAGCGCCUCAAGCCCCUCAAGGUGCGCAGGAUCAAGUCCGAGAAGCUGCACCUCAAGGACAUCAGGCUCAACCUGGCACAGGGCAACAGCAGCGUCCCCAUCACCAUAGAGCCCCUCACCCCUCCGCCCAAGUAUGAGGAGAUCCAGGAGAAAAUGCCAGUGGGCCAGCAAAUGCCUUAAAAAAAAAUAGAGGAAUCUGUGAUGCUGCUUGGUUGAGGGUUUUUUAAAACCCACCGUGCCCAGAGGGGGUUGGUGUGUGGGGGCAGCAGCAGCCAGGGCUGCCUGGAAGCUGCCACGUGCAGGACGUGCUGUGGCACAAGGAUGGGACUCCUUUUCCCUGGGUUUUACAAAAGACUGUGGGGAAAGAAACCUGAACACCACAAUUCUGCUGCUGUGAAGUAAAUGAAGGCUGGACAUGCCAAAAGUGUCACUUGUGGUGUUUGAAAUGAGACCACCCAGUGCAUCCCUCAUCUCCUCUCCCCCUCUCUUCCUGCAAGACUUUUCCAAGCCACCAAACUGAUGUUGCAGAAGGAUUUUCCAAGUGGAAAAGUGAAAUGUUUCCUUUUUUGGAUGUCUUUUCUUUCUGAGGAAGGGGAAGCACAUUGCCAGAGAAGCACCAGGGCUCUCCCUGGCUCCCAGCUGGGCUGGGCUGGUGGCCCAGGGCCAGCCCUGACUCCUGCCAAGGUCUCUGCUGGCUGCUGGGGAGCAGCUGAAAGGGGAGAGGAUGGAUCCCUGAAAGGGGACAGGAUGGAUCUCUGGAAGGGGACAGGAUGGAUCCCUGAAAGGGGACAGGAUGGAUCUCUGAAAGGGGACAGGAUGGAUCUCCUGCCUUGCUGCUUUCCCUGCUGUGUCCUGUGCUCCAUUUGAGGCAGGGGGUGACUCUGGGGGGCUGGGAGUGCCAGAGCCAGGGCUGGAACCACUGCUGAGCAUCCUGUGCAGGCAGCCUGGUCUGAAUAAAUGUUUUGUAUGUUGUGUU